AUGGCCGGAGAAAAUAGCAGAACCCAGCAGUUUCUUCCUUAUUAUAAUUACCACACCGCUCCUCCACAAAACUACUACGACGUUUAUCAAGAUUUGUCGAAUCAUCGUCCUCCACAACAAUUUGAUUAUGUUCAAGAAGAUGAAACCCUGAUUUUGAAUGGGGGUUCUGUUCAUCCACGUCAGCAACAACACCAACAACAUGCGAGUGGUAGUGCUGCAGGAGCAGGUUUGUCCGAAUCCCAGAUCAAAAAGUGUCUGAAGAUAAAGAUUAUUAAUAAUUCUUGCCCUAAUUACAUUGAUAAUCGAGCCGCCACCGCGGGUGAAGAUCAAGAAGAAGAAGAAAGCGAAGUUUGUGCGAUAUGUUUGGAUAAUUUGUACAGCCCAGAUCAAAGUAGUAAUAAUAAUAAUCAUCGGAAUAAUAUUAAUAAUGUUAGUGUCGGAAGUCUGGGAUGCAAACAUGUGUACCAUUCGGUAUGCAUCACAAGGUGGCUCGGCAUCAAAAAUUUUUGCCCGUUGUGUAAAGUUGUCGCAUAUUCUUCGUGA